AUGAUUUCAAAGCCACUGUCACAUUUAGCAACUCUUGCCCAGCAUGUAGUCAGUUUAGUUAAUGAUCUGUUUUGGGCUAUCCGAGGAGGUGGUGGAGGGAGCUUCGGGAUCGUUCUUUCAUGGAAGAUCAGAUUAGUUGAUGUUCCACCCACUGUCACUCUUUAUUCAGUAAAGAAAUCCCAAAAAGAUGGUGCAACUCAUAAGUGGCAAGAAGUUGCGCACAAGCUUCCGCAAGAGGUCUUCCUUGACGUGGAUUUAAUUGCGGUGAAUGCUACCGGGAUUAACAAAACACUCCUAGCUUCAUUCAACUCGGUAUAUCUCGGGGGUGUUGACAAGUUUGAGAUUGUGAUGGAAGAUAGAUUUCCUGAGAUGGGAUUGAAGACUAAGGAUUGCAUUGAGAUGAGUUUGUCUGGAAUCUCUGGAUACCCUUUAAAUGUUACACCUAAAGUGUUACUAAAUCAGACACAACCAAAGACAUUUUUUAAGAUAAAAUCUGAUUAUGUCAAAGAACCCAUUUCUGAAAUUGGAUUACAAGGGCUAUGGGAGAGACUGCUAAUCGAGGAGCUGACGUUUUUGACCUUCAUACCUUAUGGUGGAAGGAUGAGUGAGAUUUCAGAAUCUGCGUCCCCGUUCCCGCAUAGAAGUGGAAACUUAUUCAAGAUCAUAUAUUUGGUGUCUUGGGAUGAGAAACCGGACCAUGCAUCUGAAAAGUAUAUUAGUCGUGUUCGAAAUUUGUACAAGUACAUGACUCCGUAUGUUUCAAAAUCACCGAGAGAAGCAUAUAUCAAUUACCGGGAUCUUGACCUGGGUCAAAACAGUAAGAAUGGCAAAGCAAGUUACUCACAAGCAAGUACCUGGGGACGCAAGUAUUUCAAGAACAACUAUAAGAGAUUAGUGCGUGUGAAGGGCAAAACUGAUCCAGAUAAUUUCUUCAGACAUGAACAGAGUAUUCCAAGUAUUGCAUAUUAA